UAUAAGGGCAGAUCAGUACACUCACUGCAUCCAGUUGUGAGUGGAGUUCUUACAGCUUGAAAAUGUAUUCCAGAUCCUCGCUGUUCGUCGGGAUCCUAGCCAUUGGGCUGGUCACUGGUCUGGGCAUAGCUCCCAAGCUGAAGGCUUCCAAACUAAAGUUGCCGAUCACCAAGAAGCUCGAAAGCCUGCAUCAGCAAACAGAGGUCCUGGCAGCUCUCGAUCCGAGCAAAACCCCAACCUGCUUCGAGUACUAUACCCCUAUCCUUAACCAGUAUACAUUCAGCUUCGAGUUGGACUAUGCCUAUUGUCUAUCGGUCUUCAAUAGCUCCAGUACCCAGAUAGCCGAAGCCUGGAACAGCACUCUGUACCAAAUUCAAAGUGGUGGGGAUAAGGGCUGCUCCAAAUUCAGAGAAUGUGAGAGCUUUUCGGAACUCAACUUGGCUUUCAAGUGCUUUGCCACAGAGGGCGCAGAACAAUCGAAAAUUCUUUACCAAGUUUCUGCUAAUGCAACCGAGGUGGCUUCUUUCGUGAAGAUCAGUCUCCAGACCCUGCAGACCCAGAGGGAUUCCUGUGUGAAUGUUGCUCAAAGGAACUAUAUUGAGGGCACUUCUAGGACCUAUGACCAGUUGAAUAGUUGCCUUCAAGGAGCUCCCCUUCCAGAAGCUCCUACUACUCCUAUAGAUUAUACUACUACUACUACUACUACGACUACUACUACUACUGAGUAUCCGUAUGAAACUACACGAUAAUCUACAGAUUAUUAAAUAAAAAAAAAACUAUUUAGAUUGAGCCUGAACUAA